AUGAUACGUGUCUCCCCCUCGGAGUACGACUACGAUCUAGUCGUGAUCGGGGGCGGAUCAGGUGGGUUAGCAUGCGCGAAGGAGGCGGCUAGGCUGGGGAAGAAGGUGGCCUGCCUGGACUUCGUGAAGCCCUCGGUGAUGGGCAGCAAGUGGGGUCUGGGCGGAACCUGCGUGAACGUAGGCUGCAUCCCGAAGAAGCUCAUGCACCAGGCGGCGCUCCUAGCGGGACACGCCAGUGACGCACCCUUCUUCGGGUGGCCGGCGGGACCAGAGGGCGAAGACGGUUCUCGAUCGGAGGAGGAUGGAGGCGUGGCGGGGGGAGAGGGGAAGCGGUCGGUUACACACGACUGGGAGGUUAUGGUUCAAGGGGUGCAGAACUACAUCAAGGGGCUCAACUUCAAGUACCGGACCGACCUUCGCUCGAAGGGGGUGGAGUACAUCAACGCGCUGGGUAGGCUGCAAGAUGUCCACACCGUGGUCGCGACGGAUAAGAACAACAAGGAGCGCGUUCUGAGCUGCGGCUCCGUGGUCGUUGCGGUGGGCGGGAGGCCGAACCAGCUGCCCUGCGAAGGUGGCGAGCUGGCGAUGACGUCUGACGACAUUUUUUCCCUGAGGACGCCUCCCGGGAAGACGCUAGUGGUGGGGGCUAGCUACGUCGCGCUUGAGUGUGCAGGUUUCCUGACCGGUCUGGGCGUGGAUACGACGGUGAUGGUGCGGUCGAUCCUGCUGAGAGGCUUCGACCAAGGCAUCGCGGAACGGAUCGGGAGCUUCAUGGAGGCUGAGGGCACUCGAUUUCUUAGGCCUGCCGUACCGCAGAGGAUUUCCAAGACGGAACAGGGGAGGCUUCUCGUGAGGUGGAGAGAGGGUGAAGGAGAUGAUCAGACCACCAAGGAGGAGGAGUUCGACACUGUCCUGGCUGCUACGGGCAGAAUGGCGGACACGAAAGGCUUGGGGUUGGAGCGGCUAGGGGUCGCUCUCAGCAACAGCGGCAAGAUGGUGUGCCGCAACGAGGAGACUACCGUGGCAGGCGUGUUCGGCAUAGGGGAUGCCGUCGAGGGCGUGCCCGAGCUGACCCCGUCAGCCGUUCAGGCCGGCCGACUCCUUGCGAUGAGGCUGUUCGGCGGUAAGAAUCCGAAAUGUUGA